AUGUCUCGAGUUGAAACACACUCUGGUGUUGCGUCUUCUUCCGUUGCAACACAAUCAACGUUGAGUCCUCAUAGUUGUUUGUCUUGCAGACAAUUACAUCGGAAAUGUUCAAAAACAUUACCAUCAUGUCAAUAUUGUAUCAAGAGAGGAUAUAAAUGUAUUUAUGAGCCAUCAUCAUCGGGAAGAAGAAAGGCUCCAAAUUCCAAUCAAUCUGCAUCUGCUAUUGAUGAAAUUGUUUUUAUUAAUGAUGAAUAUUCUCAAAAGAUCAUUUCAUCAAAACAAGGAAAUUCAACUGUAAUUCAUCAUCGAGGCUAUCACCCCUAUCAACAACCGCACUUAACUUCUAACAAACAAAGAAAUUCCAAUAAUCAUGUAAAUAAGACACCAGCAACUAACCACGAUGGAACGAGUUGUACAGAAUCAAUAACAGCAGUCAUCUCUUCUAAUGAAAUGCUAUUACAACAUCAAAUGAAUUAUAGAUUUUCAGCAACCCAGGCGUUGGACGUUUAUUACCAUAUUACUGCAUUGGGAUAUCCAGUGUAUGAUCGAAGCAAAUUAGAGAAAGCAUUGGAUUUCCAGCUCAAUGAGCAAUUGUGGUUUCAAACACAACCAUAUCAAGUGUCCUGUGAGUUGGAAAAAGAGGUUGCUGUUUUACAAACAAUGCAAGCAGUGUGUUUGCAACAAAUGGGAAUUCUUCGAGAAGUUUCAGAUCAAUUAUUUAUGAAUGGGAAACGAAUCAUUGGAAAAUAUUUUGAUGAAGUGGAUUCAAUAAGUGUAUUGGUUGCCAUGAAUUUUAUGGCUGAUUACAUGUUAGGAAAUGGAGAGAAAACGAAAUCUCGAGCCAUGUACAUGACUGUGAGGGCCAAGUUGGAACCAUAUAUCAAAGAAUGUUAUCGUCUUUUUGCUGAUACAUUGGCUUCAGCGAACAUUCAUGAACAUGGAUCUCCAACGAAAUUACCAAAUAUUACCGUUCAAUACUUUUCUGCAUUCCUCCUAGACUCUCAAACAAAAUUUCAUGAAUUUUAUUUCAUUGAGGAGUUGCAUCCAGAGACAUUUAUUUUUGAUGAAUUUGAGAUGGCAUCUAUGUUCCGUUUAAAACGAUCCAAGCUCAACGAGACAUCAUGUCGAUGUCUUUCAAAUGAGAUGUACCAUCAAUUAAUGACCAUUCAUGAGAUAUUUGUUUCAAUGGCAGAUCUGAUCAUGACAGUAGCUCGUAAAAAACACUCUUUGAUGUUUUUGUUUGCUUCAAUGAUUGCAAAGCAAGUUCAUUUGGAAAUUUUAACGAAUUGUGAAAAGAAAAAUGUGAAAGCCAUUUUGAGAGUUUCCAGAGAAGUGAUUGAACUGACGAAACAUGAAUUGUUUAACUUUUUACCUUGUUGUGCCACAAAGGCUGUGAUUAUGGCAUGUUCACUGAGAGUUGAGUAUUUUUCACAACUUUCCUCAUGUGACAACAUGAAUGAUGAUUUGCGUGCAUUGAAAUUACUUUCAAACAAAUAUAGACUGAUCCAACAAGAGAACUCACAAUUAAUCAAAGCCAUUGAAGCUUUGACUUAUUUGCCACAACAAGCCACCCAUAGCGAAAUGGUUGCCUCGAGUUUUCUCUCAUUGAACAAUGAUGUUUCACACAUUGAAAUGAUACACCAACAUUCUCACUCAAUAUUUUCACAUGGUAAUUCCUAUACUGAAUCAUUUGAAGAUGAAGUUCCAAUUUAUAAUACAACCAUUUCUCCCGAGAACACUGCAUUAGAUAUGGAAAAAGUUUUGAAUAAUUUUCGAGCAAACAAAGAUACACUUUCACAAUACUUAAUUGGUGUGGAAAUGUUGGAACUCUUAUUUGAAGGCUUGGUCGAAGAGCAACGCAUCAAAAACUCUGGGCCACUUUCUUUAGAGCUAUUGAAUGAAGCAAGAAAUACCAAACUUGAUUUUAUUACAAAGUUGAUUGAGAAUGCCAAACAAAGGAAUGAUGUUUGUGGCUUGAUCGAGACUGAAAUGUUGAGAAAACAAGCAACAGCAGAAUAUUAUUUCGAGAAGAUGAAAUUGGAAAAACCUUAUCAAAAUUUUGACAAUAUGGACGCGACCGAUAUUUCCAUGGUGUUUCGAUUCGAGGAACUAAGUGUUGACGAAUAG